AUGUCUCCAUCUAAGCGCAUUAAGCUGGAUCCAGAUGGCAAGUCCAAAGGCGAGAAGAAAACGUCGUCUCCGCCAGUUGUUGAGUCGACGUUCGACCAGAUUACUACACUUCGCAUCGGCCCUGAGGGCAAGAUCUUCAACAUGCACUGUGGACUAUUGUGCAAAUCAUCGGAAGUUUUCAAUACCUUGCUCUCGAUCCCCAAGGACUCAUCUAAGGCAAUGCCAGUCCCAAUCACCGACUGUCAUUUCGAUUUCAUCCAGAACUCGCUUUCGAUGCCAAAUGAAGAUGUCGAGAUGUUUACCCGUGUGAAUCACUGGUACUAUGCGAACGAGCUAGUCUUUGAGGAAAAGCUUUUCUCGACGCUCACCUGGCCUAUGUUGGUCUCAAUAUAUGCUUUCGCUGUCAAAUACAAAGUCUUGAAACUACAAAAUAAGUGCAUUGACACCACUAUCAUGAAGCAUAAGGCGGACAAGUUUUUACCUAAUGCCGAUACCAUGACAAAACUCUGGCGUACUGACGUUGGGGCUGCUCCACUGCGCCGUCUCUUUUUCGCACUCUACGCGACCGACUGUGAUUUGAGCAGUCUUCCAGGGAACUUUUCAGCAGCAUUUCUGAAGGGUUUGAUCGCCGAGCUAUAUCGCAUGAAGGUCGACAAAGUUGAGCAUGAGAGCUUCAAGUUCUGGAAGAUGCGCCACACAUUCUAUGUAAGCGAUGCCUCUAACCCAUUGAUCAUCGACAAGUGA